AUGGCCGAUAUCAAAAACCCCGAGCAGUUGGUGGUGCAGCACGGGGCCGGUGGAAUUGUGGCGCCAGUGAAGAAGAAGUCGAGGAGCAGCAGAGAAGACGCCGCGAGCAAGAGGCGAUGCGUGAGCACGGCUUGUAUCGCAUGUAGGAAGAGGAAGUCAAAGUGCAAUGGGAACACUCCAAGUUGCGCAGCCUGCUCGAGUGUUUAUGGGACGGUAUGCGUCUACGAUCCGAAUAGCGACCACCGACGAAAGGGCGUGUACAAGGAGAAGAUCGAUAGUUUGAAGACGCGGACCUCGACAUUGCAGACUCUUGUGCAAGCCAUAUUGAACGCCGCCGAGGACGAUGUGCCAGAUCUGGUGAAGCAGAUACGGACCUGCGAAAGCUUGGAUGAGGUGGCGGAUAGCAUACGUCGACAUGAGGAGGGCAUGGAUGAGGACGAUGGCGAAAUCGAUGGUCCUUCGUAUACGACGAACCUGCCGACCUUCGAAACACAACUUUCAGGGAAGAUGGGCGAGUUGAGGCUGGAGAACGGUGCUGUUCGGUUCCUUGGAGGUACUUCGAACUUGAUAUACCUGGAACCUACGGAUGAAGACGAGCACGCUGCCGCAUCCGAGUCUUUCCAACAGCAGGAGGAUCCCCUCACAAGCUGGACAGCAGUGACGUCUGAUACCGAGUUCAUCGUACAUCUAAUCAACAUGUAUUUUACCUGGCAUUAUCCCUAUUUCACGACUUUAUCGAAAAGUCUCUUCUAUCGAGAUUUCCUCCUAGGAAAAGCUACUAUAAACCCCAAACGGACGCUAUACUGUUCUAGCCCCCUCGUGAACGCUAUGCUAGCAUUAGGAUGCCACUUUACCGACUCCCCAAAAGGCUGUGCUCAUCCAGGAGAUACGACCACAAAGGGAGACGCUUUCUUUGCCGAGGCGAAACGGCUUAUUGUUGAGAAUGAUGAAUACGAGAAGCCUAGUCUGACAACUAUUCAAGCCUUGUGUCUGAUGUCUGUUCGUGAAGCUGGGUGCGGCCGAGAGGCCAAAGGCUGGGUCUACAGUGGAAUGGCCUUCCGACUGGCGCAAGAUAUGGGCCUGAGCCUGGAUUCCGGGGGGAUGACCAAUAGCAGGGAAUCCAUGGAUGAGCAGGAAAUUGAUGCUCGAAGGGUCACGUUCUGGGGUUGUUUCUUAUUCGACAAGUGCUGGUCUAACUAUCUCGGACGAUUACCGCAACUACCAGCCGCCAACAUCACGGUAGCGAAGUAUGAUGUUUUCCCUGACGAGGACGCCGAUAUUUGGUCUCCGUAUACCGAUAAUGGCAUCGGGCAAUCGCAUUCACAGGCGUCGCGAACGAGGACAGUGGCACUGCAGAUUUCAAGUCUCGCCGAGAUCAGCAGUGACUUACUGAUAUUCUUUUACAGUCCACAGCGUCUCGAGAGAUCUAUUGGGAGAUCCCAGGAAUUGAAAAAGUUGAGUGAGUUACAGACACGGCUCGAAGCAUGGCGAAGGGAUCUCCCCAAGGAACUGGAGCCCAAGGAGGGCCAGUUACCGAAUGUCCUACUCAUGCACAUGUUCUUCCAUCUUCUAUAUAUCCACCUCUUCCGCCCCUUCCUCAAGUAUAGCCCAUCAACCUCGCCCCUCCCAUCCCACGUCUCGCCUCGGAAGCUAUGCACACAAGCUGCAGGCUCUGUCUCAAAACUUAUGCGGCUAUAUAAACGCACCUAUGGCCUGCGUCAAAUCUGCAAUAUUGCAGUCUACAUAGUCCAUUCGGCGUGCACGAUCCAUCUGCUGAACCUCCCGGAGAAAGCCGCAAAGAGGGACAUCAUACACGGGGUCAAGCAUCUCGAGGAGAUUGCAGAUGACUGGUUAUGUGCCCGUCGGACAUUGAGCAUCCUCAGUGUGCUGGCAAGAAAAUGGAAGAUUGAGCUUCCAGAGGAGGCUGCUGUUGUCCUCGCUCGCUCCGAUGCCAAAUUUGGCCAUUUCAACACAGCUGAUGUGCCGUCUCCGAAACAGGAGAUCAUCGGUUCUUCACCAUCCUCGACAGCUACACCACCUCCAUUUGCACCUCCACCCCUACCACCGCAACAGGGAUCGAACUUAGUGCUCAAUCAUAACCCACUUAAACAUAGUCUAUACAGCUAUCCGGAAUCCCAGAUGCUGUCAACGAUGAAAGGCAUGCACCACUCACCGUCAGAUACACAAAGUCCUACCAUCCAGGCACUAUCUGCUCGCCGACAGGCAGCCUCCAACGGUCUUGCAGCUACCAAUGUGGGCGAUGAUUCAUCAAUACCUCCGGUACCAUUUCCCCGUAACCCAUACAGCAACCUUCCAACAUCAGCAUCAACAUCACGUUCUACACUCACUCCGUCUACCGAUAUCCUACCCACCACCUCUAGCAUGGUGUCAAACUCACCAGCUGCCAUGGCUCGGCAGGUCACUACGAACACGAUGUUCGGCGGCGUCGAGGCAUUAGUCGAAAGUCAAGACUGGUGGCUCCGCGAUCAAGCCAGCCUCGUCAUCGGCUUCGACAACUGGAUGGGGCCCGGCGGCUCUGACGGCAUGGGGAACGGGGCCAUCGCAUCGCCAAACAUGAACAACCUCCCAAACGUUGAUUCCAGCUACCUCAUGCCUCAAAACGGAAACAACGGAAACAAUGGAAACAACCCUCACAACCCCGACGCGUUCAAUGAUGACGACUGGAAUUACUAA